UUGGGUGUACAAUCGAAAACUUUACAAAGUUCGAUCACCAGCAAGUAAUGUAAACAAUGCAGUUUUUUGCCUGUAAUUCAAUCUGAACUGGAUGAAAAUGUCAUCAUUGAAAUCAUGGUAUUCUGCUCUUGCUGUUAUCUCAUUAACUGGGUGGUGUACAGCAGACCUAGCGAGAAAGCCGCUUGAUAGACCAAAUAUACUUCUCUUUCUUGCAGAUGAUAUGGGAUAUGGAGAUCUUGAAUCAUAUGGUCACCCUAGUCAGGAAUCUGGUCCGAUUGAUCAGAUGGCCCGUGAAGGCAUGAAGUUCAGUCGAUGGUACAGCCCUGAUGUAUUAUGUAGUCCAAGCAGAGGUGCUAUGCUUACAGGUCGCUUACCAGUGCGUGUGGGAUUGUAUGGACCAGCCAGGGUGUUUGAGAUGUCCACUAGCUAUGGCCUUCCCAAAUCAGAAACAACUAUUGCUGAAAUGCUCAAGGAACAGGGUUAUCACACUGGCAUGGUCGGCAAGUGGCAUCAAGGUAUCAAUGAGUUCUCCCACAAUGAUGGUAAUCAUCUACCUCAUCAUCAUGGUUUUGACUUUGUAGGUCAUCUACUACCUUUCACUAAUCAUUGGAUGUGUGAUGAAACCAAGACUUACAUUGAUGCACCUGAUAGGUAUUACUGCCUCCUCUACUACAACGACACCAUCAUCCAGCAACCACUCAGCCAUAGGAACCUGACACAGAGGCUGGUAGAAGAUGCUACAUCAUUCAUCUUUGAUCAUCAGGAUGACCCAUUCUUUUUCUACUUCUCCUUCCCUCAAGUCCACACUGACAUGUUCAGCAGUCCAACAUUCAGCGGUUCUUCAAAAAGAGGUAAUUGGAGAAUUUGGAAUGUUUAUAAGUCAUUGUUGUUUUGUUAAUGAUUUAGAUAGGUGUAUACCGUUUAUGUAAAUAUGAUGAAAUACAGUCAAACCUGCUUCAGUGACCACCUUUUAAAAAGACCACC